AUGUCAAGUCCCCAAGGUGGGGGAUGGAAUCGUAUGCUCCUCCUGCCAAGCCCCCCCUGCAAUAAGCACUGCGGGUUGCAAAGAUGCGCCCUUGACAUCCUCGACAUCGACCUGGCCGGCCGUGGAGGCGAGGUGGAAGAUGAAGGUGGUCACGACGGUGUUUUCUUUGCUUUCCGGAGGUGGGAAGUUACUUUCUUGAGCAGCUCCAAGGCCACUCCAUGGCCUAUCCAAUUGCCGGCGAUGGAUUCCGGCAAAUCAACCUCCUUUGCGAGGUUUUUCCUGAGGUUUGCAGUCGCAUACUACGGCUGCAUGGAGGCAAGUGGUUUCGUCCCCGCCUCUUUGCAUGCCGGCGGCGUAGCAGAUCUCUGGCUCGACGGCUGGGAAAGAGAAGGACCUGAUUGCUUUUUUUCAUCUUUCAGUGAGGGCCACGAUUCGCUCGAGCUGCCCAGGUGGAGUAGCGCCUACGAUUCCUCGGCGCCAUUUCCGUGGGAGUGGCAGCCUUCCGCUCGUCCUCGGACCACACGUGUCGCCCGACGACUGGCGCGUCCCAUCCACCCGAGCGACGAGUUCUGGAUGCACCUGGUCUUCGUACGCCGAGCCUGGACGCACGAACCACAUACAGAGCGCACCGCGUCCGGUCCACCAACACCGGGCUCACCCACUGUGCCGCGCCUUCACCUUCCUCGCCACUUUUCACUGGGCAAAAACCCAGAGCAGAGCAGAGCUCAGCGGCAGGCUCCAAAGUGGAAGGCGUCCUCAAGCUCCGCACUCCGCACCACCGCGCACCGCAGGGUUCUCCGCCGCUCGCCGCGAGGGAGGUUGCCUGACAUGGCGGCCCCGUUCAUCUACCGCCCCUCCUCCUCCGGCGGCGACGACGGCGACGGUGGGCAGGCUCUCUUCAAGGCGGCCACCGACGGCAACCUCGGCCGCCUCAAAGGCAUUGUGAAGAGUCUUACCAAAGAUAAAGGUGACGCGUCGGCCAUCUUUUCUUUCAACACGGGUGGACUUUCCGUGCUGCAUAUCGCGGCAUCCUUUGGCCAUCUGGAGGUCUGCAAGUAUUUGGUGGAGGAGCUCAGGGGAGAUGUAAAUGCUCCUGGAUAUGGCCCUGCAGCUCGAGGCAUGAAUGCGUUUAUGGCGUCUGCUCAGUCUGGUGAUGUCCCAACCGUUAAGUACUUUCUUGAUCGUGGUGGUGAUCUAAUGAAAGUAGAUGACAAAGGACGCACGGUUCUCCACCACGCCGUGUCUGCAGGAUGUUGUAAGGUGACAGAGUUCCUCCUUUCAAAAGGAGUGCCAGUCGACGUGGACAGUGGCCGUGGAACCCCACUCUUUUUUGCUGCUACAAAUGAGCAAGAUAAGACACUGAAGAUUUUGUUGGACCACCACGCAAAUCCUAACAUCGUUGUCGGCGGUAUGGGAGAUCCCUUGUGUAUGGCUCUUACUUUCCGUUCAUUGAAGUGCAUGAAGCUACUAAUUAAGGCUGGUGCCAAUGUUGAUGGCAAGGGUUGCGCUAUGACUCCUUUGGUGUUUGCUACGGCACGAGGAGGAUAUACCAAGUUCAUUCAUUUUCUACUGAAGGCUGGCGCAGAUCCCAAUAUUCCCGAUGAUUUGGGUAGGUUGCCAGUAGAGAUUGCUGCGUUACGUGAUUGCAGGGAAGAGGUUGAAAUGUUGUUUCCUCUUACUUCCCCACUUCCAAAUGUCCCAAAGUGGACUAUUGAGGGAGUAAUUUCUCACGCGAAAACUGAAGCUAGAAAGCCAAUGGAGCAAAGGGACCGUGAAAGAAGGAAAGAUUUCUUAAAGUCACAGGCUGAUACAGCAUUCAAGCAGAAGGAGUAUAAGAUGGCAUCUGGGUUUUAUGAUUUGGCAAUAGCCCAUGGAGAGAGUGCAACACUGUAUGCAAACAGGAGUCUCUGUAAGCUGCUCAUGGGCAAUGGUGAAGAUGCUUUGUCAGAUGCUCUCAGGUGCAGAAUGCUGCGACCUAAAUGGGGAAAAGCUUGCUACCGACAAGCUGCAGCUCACAUGCUACUUAAGGAGUAUAAACAAGCCUGUGAUGCUCUCUUGGAUGCGCAAAAAUUAGAUCCUGGGAAUGUCGAGAUUGAGAAUGAACUACGGUAA